AUGUCGAGUAUCUUCAAAAGGAAGAACAAAAAGUCGCGAGACUCGGUUUCCAAUGGGCCGGCGUCUCCCGGCACGUCCGGAGGCGCCUCCAACGCCGCGGCGUCGCCGUCCACCACGUCUGGCGGGCUCGGUGGUCUGGCGUCUCAGGCCCAGAACCUCGCCUCCAAAUCGCAGCAACAGGUGCAAAACGUCCAGCAGCAGGGCCAAAACGUCCAACAGCAGGCUCGUGACCUCCAACAGCAGGCCCAACAGCAGGGCCAGAACAUUCAGCAACAGGCGCGUGAUCUUCAACAACAGGCCCAACAGCAGGGCCAGAACCUCCAGCAACAGGCCCAGAACCUGCCCCAGUCUGCCAAGGGUGGCUUCAGCGGCAUGCAGCAGGGCUUCAAUGGCGUGCAGCAAGGCUUCCAGAACGCCUCCUCCCAGGCCCAGCAGGGAUACAACAAUGCCUCGGCCCAGGCCCAGCAGGGAUACAACACCGCCCAGGGCCACGUCCAAAAGGGCAUGAACGCCUUUGGUGGCCAGGGACACGGACACGGCCCCAGCCAGGGACCCAACCAAGGACCCAGCCAGGGACCAGGUCCUCAGUACGGACCAGGAGGAAACUACUCCCAUCACACUCCGAACGCCGCCCAUGGCACAGGUCCCACCAUCCCGGGAGCCCACCACAAUUCCGGUAUGGGGGGAUCACCUACCACCCCUCAGAUGGAGGGCUUCAACACGCCUCAGAGCCACGGCCGGUCCCCAUUCCCCCAAAUGUCUCCCCAGUCAGGCAGAUCGCCCCAGAGCUUCUCGCAGGCCAAAUUUGGGGCUACCGGAGGAGCUGCCGGUGGUGCUGCUGGCCUUGCGGCUGCCAAUUCGCAGUCUCCCGGCCCAGGCCACGCGGCCUCGGGUGCUAUUACCGCCUCUCCUGGAGGCUCUCCCAACCACCCUUGGACCAAGGUGCCCAUCACCAACGCUUCGCCCUUCCCACGGUAUGGCCACGCGUCCAACUACGUGGCUGCUCGUGACGGCGAGAUCUUCGUAAUGGGUGGACUCAAGGGUGCCGACGUGUUCGGCGAUUUGUGGGUAAUUGAAACUGGUGAGUAUAGAGCAGGGAAACAGGGAUUGAUGGAUUUGUGUGGUUGA